CCACAUUGUUGUGAUGUUGUUUGUGUAAUAUUAUCGUUGACAGUUUCGUUUCGAAUGGCGAUAUGCCCAUCGUAAAAUACCAGGAAAUGCUAUGAUUCAACAUCGUUGCGGUUUCAAUAACAGUGACUGAUGUGUUGUGGGCAUUGUUUUCAGUUGGGGACAGUGACCGGGUCGCUGCAGACGCAAGUUAUCAGUGAAAGUUCGUAAAAUGUCGCGGGGGUAAUUUGAGUAACCUGGGAAAAUAAUACCAAAACAAUGGUUCCUGCGCCGAGUUGCCCGUUUACGUGGGACUACUGGACGGCCUCGCCGUCAGAUGUGGUGGAGCUCACGUGCCUGCUGCCGAACUCUGUUUACAUUCCUCUGAGGAUAAGCUGGGAUGCCACUCUUCAGGAUGUCAAAGAGGACAUAUGGGACAGGGCCGUCAACUAUCCCCUCUUUGGGAUGUUGCACGAGAUGUCCAGCUACGUCUUCCAGUUCGUCAACUCCUUGGCGGUACUGGAGGAGGUGGACGAUGAGAAUAAGCGCAUCCGUGACAUAAAGCCAGUAUGCGGUGUGCUUAUGAUUGUCAAAAAGUCCAUUGAGAGACCUGGAGAGCAGUUGCUGAACACACACAUUAGUCAUUUAAUUGGAAAGCGCCUCAAUGAAUUCGACGACAUCCGAAGUUCGGAAGUCAAUGACUUUCGGAUGCGCAUGCGAUACCUAGCCGAAGAGAGCCUCUUCAAGCGAGCACAGAGUACCAGGCUUGAAAGACUCCGGUACCAGUGCCCUCCGAGACUGGCUGAUCAUCCAGAGACGCCGACCACUUUGAAUACGAACCUCAAUCAACACUGCUUCUUGCUCGUCACCAAGUUUGCAAACUCUGAGGUACAAUUCUCAUCAAGUGUCCCCGCAACGCGAACACCACAGCAGCACAUAGAAGCAAUCUUACGCAAGCUAGCCAAUUCCUUGAACAUGCGCGGGGAACACCCUCACAACUACGUGCUCAAGGUGUGCGGCCGCGAGGAGUAUCUCUUCGGAGACUACCCCCUCAUACAGUUCCUGUACAUCCAGGAGAUGUUGGCGACGGAUGGAGUGCCCCAAGUCAUGACAGUCAGCAUGGAUAAACUGCCGUUGACGCUGAACCGUGACCUACCAUACUAUCCAUACUGCCUACCGGAGCGGCGGCGUCUGACAUCGGAACACUCGAACACGAUGCGACGCAAGAAGAACGAAUCCGCGUGGAAUAUAGACAAGUAUUACUCGUGUGUCGUGCAGAGUGUUAGCAAGUUGAACGUCGACCCGGGCAAUGGUGCUGCGGUAAUAUGCCAAGCCGGUAUAUUCCACGGCGGCAAGCCCCUAUGCGAGACACAGAAGACUCGGGCGGCCAUCAUGACGGACGGAGUGGCUGUAUGGGACCAAGAGCUGACCUUCCCCAUCAAGGUGUACAACCUGCCGAGAAUGGCGAGGGUCUGCUUCGGCGUCUACGAGAUCACGAAGAGUAAGAGUAAGAGGAGAGGAAAAGACUCAAAUAAGGAGGGUGUAAACAGACUGACGUGGUCGAACACAAUGAUAUUCGACUACAAAGACCAGCUGCGUACGGACGGCGUGACGCUGUCCAUGUGGACGCACGUAGCUGACGACACGCAAGGGGAUGAUCUAGUGCUGCAUCCCUUGGGCACGGUGGUCUCCAACCCUAAUACCGACUCCUGUGCCUCGCUGCAGGUUAAGUUCUCCAAUUACGACUGCCAAUACCCCGUGUUAUUUCCAAAAGAGGAGACAGUGAAAGAUUACUCAGAGGCAAUAGAGACCCUAGCUCCUGACGUGUUGGAGCGACUGAGCCGCGAAUACGACAGGUUGCGAGCGACGGCCGAGAAGGACCCCAUGUAUGAGAUGCACGAACAGGACAAGAAAGAUAUUUGGGCUUCGAGAGAGCGGUUCCGCCUAGAAGCACCAGAGCUGCUUCCAAAGCUGGUCUCCUGCGUGGAGUGGGGCGAGCGCGGCGAGGCGGCCAGCGUGCGGCGCCUGCUGGCGGACUGGCCGCUGCUCAGGGUGGAAUCUGCACUAGAGCUGCUGGACUAUGCCUAUGCUGACUGUGCUGUCCGAUCCUUUGCAGUCAACUGUCUGGCUAGGAUCAGCGACAACGAUCUACUCCUAUACCUGCUACAACUGGUGCAAGCGUUGAAACACGAGUCGUAUCUGAUGUGCGACCUCUCCGUCUUCCUGCUGAAGAGGGCCUUCAAGAACAUGACUAUAGGACACUACCUGUUUUGGCAUCUAAGAUCGGAGAUGCACGUGCCGUCAGUAGCGGUUCGGUUCGGGCUGAUGCUGGAGGCGUACUGCCGCGGCUGUCAGGACCACAUCAACAGUCUCACGCGGCAGAUCACAUGCCUGGAUAAGCUUAAGUGGGCGAGUCAGUGCGUGCGGAAGAAGAAAGAGAUAAAGCAAGCUCGAGCGGCCCUCAUUCACCACUUACAAGAGCAGCACUGCGUCGAAACACUCUGUGAUUUUGUCUCGCCGCUUAACCCUAGCUUUGUGUGCAAGCGCAUCAAGCCCGAUGAUUGCCGAGUGAUGGACAGUAAGAUGAGGCCGCUAAAGCUUCGGUUCGAGAACGCGGACCCCACAGGGUCAGAUAUUAGCAUUAUAUUGAAGAUUGGAGAUGAUCUCAGACAGGAUAUGUUUACGCUGCAGAUGUUGAGGAUUAUGGAUAGGUUGUGGAAGAACCACGGAUAUGAUUUUAGAAUGAACCCGUACAACUGCAUUUCGAUGGAGUACGCGGUGGGUAUGAUCGAGGUGGUGGAGGACGCGGCCACCGUCGCCUACAUACAGAAGCAGAGCGCGCUGUUCAACGCCGCCUCCACUAUUUAUAAGUCUACUCUAUUACAAUGGCUCCGUCGCAACACGGAGAACAACGAGGCAGCUUUCAACAAAGCGGUGGAGGAGUUCACGAUGAGCUGCGCCGGCUACUGCGUCGCGACGUACGUGCUCGGCAUCGCCGACAGACAUCCCGACAACAUCAUGGUCAAGACUAGCGGCCAGCUAUUCCACAUAGACUUCGGUCACUUCCUAGGGCACUUCAAGCAGUGGUACGGGUUCAAGCGCGAGCGGGCACCGUUCGUCUUGACGCAUGACUUCAUACACGUCAUCAAUAAGGGACAGAAGGGGUCCGGAGACAACUUGCCUAUAGACUUCAAGAUAUUCAGGGAGCAUUGUGAAACGGCGUUCAAAAUCCUCCGCAAGCACGGCCACCUGAUUCUGUCUCUGUUCUCAAUGAUGAUCUCGACGGGCCUGCCCGAGCUCAGCUCAGAGAAGGAUCUGCAAUAUCUACGUGAAACUUUGGUAAUGGACUUAUCAGAAGAGAAAGCACUAGAGCACUUCAGACAGAAAUUCAACGAAGCUAUGAAGAAUAGAUGGCAGACUUCCUUCAACUGGGCUAUUCACAAUAUCGACAAGAACAACUGACAGUGACCCGCGGCCCGCCGCCUUUCUGACAAACGUCACUAGGUAACUUAUAACACACACUUUUAUCUCAAAAAGUAGUUUAGCCGUACAUGUAAAGUUACUACUCGCCUAAUCUGUAUAUAAAACACGGUGAACUUGCUUCAGUAUGAGGUAAAAGUGUGUGCGAAAGUGAGCCGUAACACCAUCAAAACAAAGUCUAAAUUCGAAUGAUUUGGCAAACGUAAUAAAAACUGCGAUGAAAUUACAAGUUAAUUGAUAUUGAAUACUAAUCAUCUUGUCAUUUUAAUCAGUUCUCACCGAACGUUCGUUAGUAUACAUUUUUCGAGGUUUUUAAUGAACAGAUUGUGCUAUCAAAGUGUAAUAAUGGAUCAUUUUUUAAUUACUAUAGUAAUUAGUUGACGAGUUAGUCAUGCCUUAUGAACUUGAGUAACAUUUGAAAUCGUUGUACAACUUAUACACCAAGAAAUAAAUAGUAGUUAGCUUAUUGACUUAGCGGAAUCAUUUUUCAGCGCUGUGACAAACGUAUAGGUCAAUUAUAGCGUGUAUAUUAUUAUUGUUAACGCUUAAACAAACAAGCUAUUAAGGGCGAGUGUUAUUAACUUCAUCAAUAUAAUCGCUAGGGCGCAGACUCCACCAAAGCGGUUCGGAGAAGGUUUUAUACAACCAAUAGUAUCUUUGCCCAUUCACAGGUGUCCACUGAGCGGAGAAUUCUAUUGGUUGUUUAAAUUCUGCUUUAGACAUUUGUCUAUGCCAAAAAUGUAUCACAGGAAUAAACAUGUCACUAUAUAACGAUUAUGAUCAUCUAUGUUUAGAGUUCAGCACUCGCCCUGCAAUAUUAAAAUGUAUGAACCGAUGAACUAACGGAUUAAUCCCGUUCACAUGAAUUAUUAUUUACUACACUAAAAAUACAAUAAAAUAAUAACUCAAUAUUGUUCUUAAUGUUUGUUCAUCGAGAUAAAUGAAGUGUGUCUAUAUUAGAAGGAAAGAAAGAUAGUUGCUGCGAAAAUACAAUUGGUCAAUCGAAUACUCAUUUCCUAUUUUCAAAACUGUUAUAUUCAUUUUAAAAUACUGCCCUGAAAUUGUAUCUUUUUACCGACUGCCAAAAAGGGUUAUGUUUUUUAAUUACUUCAAAACAAACUUCUUGCGAUGAUAAUGAAAUUUUCAACUUAAUUGAACACAUACCUGUGAACGGGAUGAGGUUGUCCAAGACUGAAGAUAUUAUGGAAAGUCAAUGACGCGAGCUACCAUGAUGGUCUUUACAAUAAACAUUAUAAAACUAAGAAAUUGGUGAAAAAAGUCUGGAAUAGAGACGAUCAUAAUAUAGUUAGUUGCUAUAGUUACUGCUUGAAACUUAUAACUAGUAGACCAAUGUGGAAAUUAGCAGUAGACAUUUGCGCACACGCAUUUUCAUACACUGCUUAUGUUAAUUUUGAACUCUAUAAUAUUAGCGAAAAGAGGUAUGUGUACUAAUUUUACAUCUUCGAAUUAUGAACUUCAAAAAUGUAUUACUACUAUUUCAUAAAAAAAAUCGGUUUCGACAUUUCCACGUCGCUCAUUAUUUCUGAUUAGUGAAGAAAUGUCAUUAAGUCAUCAUUUUUAAUGAUCAUUACCAGAACUUGGUAAUACGAAAAUAAUGGAUGAACUUCUGGAAUUCCAAAAAUGUAGUCAUCAAAAUUUUAUGCAGUUUUUCAAUGACGUCAUCAUAUAGGGUCUCCAGAAGGUAGUAAGGAUUGCGGCGGCAGAUUUGGCUGUGAUAUAAGUGCGCUGCGUACGCGCAUAUUAGAGGAAGGACUUGCUAUUAAGGUGUUUAGUUCGGAAUCGAGGUUAAUACGUCAUCACUGACUGGGAAAGAUUGAAAAAUUAUGAUCGAUAAUUGUCUAGUAUAAAGUUUUUGACGUUUUAAAUUAUUAUUAGAACUAUAAGCUGCUUAACAGCGGCUCGAUUUUCUAUCUUGAAAAUAUUAAUUCUCGUUUGGACUAGCAGAAAUCCUUCAAGAGAUAAAAAGACGGGUUAUACCCAUCUAAAAUUUAGAUUUUAAAAAAAUAUAUGGAUUUGUAUUUAGUUUAGAUGUUAGAGUUUGGAUCAAAAUUUAAUUUUACUUUGUAGAUUAAGGCAUGCGUAUACUAGUUAAUGGUAAGAGUGUUUGUCAAAAGGGAAAGAUGAUAGGAAGGCCGCCGCAAUCCUGAAACUUGAUGAGAAAUGUAAGGAAAAUAGUGUAGACUCUUUUGUAAUGCACGAAAUAUAGGUAAUUUGGUCUGUAAAAAGCGGAAAGUCAUUGGAUUCGAAAGAACCUGACAGGAAUAGUUGUAAGUAGGGUUGAAUAUCGUGCAUUUCAAAAGAGUACCUCCUAACAUAAUAUUAGGCGAAUUGCUCUCAUUUUUAAGCGUAGAUUUAAUUAGUGAAACAAUCAUUUUUGCACGUUUCGUGUCCCGCGAUCAACAGCGACAAUAUUCGUUUAUCCACCCUGUGUAUCGAAUAACAAUUAAAAUAUAUUAGGUUAUCGAAAUAUCGAUACACAAAUCGUAAACGAAUUUUGUCGCUACUGGGAAAUAAUUUAAUUCAUAGGCUUAGCAGUAUUAUAUUGUCAUAUAUUCGUAAUCAGAGUAAAAAGAACUCGCUUUUAAGUUUUUUUUUUUGUGUAACUUCGCGCUACCUCAAGCCGUCGUGUAUUCAUCGAUAUCGAUUAAUUUGCAGCACUUACGUUUUUCAUCCAUAAAAAUAUAUCGGGAAACUCUUACUUAUAACACGGAACAAAUCCAAUCUUUACAUUAAUAGGACAAAGUAGAAAUAGCCGGGUUAUAUCAAUAACUAGUUUCGAUACUCCCAGUUACUACGUUAACUUAUAGAAUAAACACAUUAACCGUAUAGAAAUUAAUAAAAUAAGACACAUUUAGCACUCUGAACGCUCUAGUGAAAAUAUACACGACUCGAACGUCGAUUGAUAUGAACUAUUAUAAAUGAAUAUGCCUUAUCAUAAUACUUUAGAGUUAAGUUGUUACACGGCAGUUGUGAAUGAUUUAGGUGAAUUUGUCAUACGUCUAUGGGUUUUGGUGAUGCCGAAUACGAGUGUAAAAACUAACCUUUUUUUUGGGACUGACUUUUCAAUCAUCCGUUAACUUCUAUCUGUUGAAUAAAUGUGGACGUGUAACAUUUCCCAUACAAAAGCUGUUAAAACGUCAAACAUAUUCCUUAGAUAUAAGUUAUCCGGUGAUUGAAAAAUCGGCCCUUAGAAACAUAACUUUCACAUUAGUUACGUUGCAAUUUAGACAAUGGCCGGUCAUUAUUUAAAAGUAUAUCGUUUUUGCAUGUUUGCACAGAUCUCGUAAUUUUAUUCAUAGGUGUCUACGAUUUUUUUUUAAUAAUACGACGAGGUCAUCUGGAUUGCAACGCUAAUAUGAAGGUGAUUGUGUAUCUCGUUUUUUCUUAUAUUUUAAUAAAUAAACAUUCUUGAAUUUAAUAUGAAAAAAUAAACACAGACCAGAAGUUUGAAAUCAAUAAAUAAAUAAAUAAAUAAUUGAUUUUAAAGUAUCAAGAUUUAAAAUUUUCAUCGGAAUUAAACAACUGGCAAUUAAAUUAAGAAGAAAUGAGAUACACAUUAAAAUAUUCGCAUCGGUAAUCCGCUAACAAUUUAUGAAUAAAUAAGCUAAUUUUCAAUGAAUAAUUAGUUUAGUCAUACAUUAUAUAGCAUGUCAGUUGUCUUCAAUAUCCAUAGUUUUAACGAUUAGUCUAUACAUAAGUCAUUUCAAUAGUAAUAGGGUAAACUAGAUAAUAUUAUAUGCUCUCCCAAACCGUAUAUGCUGGCCACUGCUUGCAUAUAAAACCUUUUUCUAAACACUUUUUUUAUAAACACUUCUAAAUUCGAACUUCUUUUUCGUUAACCUUCGAGAUGUUCUUUUAACGAGUUUGGUUCAUGUCAUUUUUAGCUAGGCAUAGGCACGCACAAUAGGACCAUCAAAAAGCGUGUGCUUAAUGACAGAUUUACACAAUGCCUGCUUAUGGUCUAUAACAUUAGUCAAAUAUUGCCCACAGAGCUAUGAAAUUACUACAGUAUACAAACCUUUUAGAUCAUCAUUUCAUAACAUGUAUGAUCUUAAAGAAAGGGCCUUAUUUGUCUAAUGUUAUAUUCAAUUUUAUACAGUUUCUUCAAAAGCCACAAAAGACAGAAUUAAAAUGUUGCCUUUACAUAAAUUAACAUAUCACCGUACAGCCGUUCAAUAGUUAUAGAUAGCAGACGUCAAAUCUUUUUACAGUCAAUUGUUUUUGUCACAGUUUCUCUCUAGAACACGUUUUUUCAAAUAUGUAGUUAGAAAAAAAUCUAAUUAAGUCUGUGGUAAAGUUAGUCAAUAUUAAUUAUGUAAUAACAAGUUUAAAGUUUGUCGUAUACUAAGUUGCAAUGAAAUGCUCUUAUUUGAAACAUGGGUGUACAAAAAAAACAACAUUGACUGGUCGUUGAUCUAAAAAUUGGUCUGUUUUUGCUGGGGAGUUUGUUGCUCCACUUCUUCCCAGUAAAAACACAUACAAAGUGCUACUACUAUUUCAAAUAAAUAUGUACUUUUUGAAUUGAUUUUCUUGAAAUAUUAUGAGUACAGCUACAGAAAACUGUCGACAAAAACAUGCUUUCGAAGCACUCAAACUCACAUGCCGCUGCAAUUAUUAACGUUAAACACAAGGUACCGUUUUACAUAGUGCUACUAUCUAGUAUUUCAUUGUAUCUACAACAGGAAUGUGAGACGAACGUUGUGGUUGAGACGGGGAUUUUAGGUCAGAAACAGUUUGUUGGUAUUGGUGGCCAUUAUUAUUUACGUUGAUUUAAACUCACUGGAACAGAAAAAAUAUUAGAUUUUCUGUUUGUAGACUUGAUAAUGGUGUUAAACAAAGUUAUUGAUUUUUUGCAAACUGCACUGUCUAAUACCGUUUGAUUAUCUUUUAAAAUAUUAUUCAUGUCUAAAUUUUGAAGCCUUCGUAUUGCGGUUUGUAACCACAAACGGUUCGGCAGAUAUGUGUCAGUUAGCUUCACCAAUAUCAAGGUAUCAAGUGUCCUGCACCACAAGAUAUUUGAGUUACACCUAUGUCAAUAAAUAGAAAUCUGGCGCCAAUAAUAAUAUGCUAAUAGGCAUAAUUUAUUACCAUUUUACAUAAUAUUGGACAUAAUAGACACUUGACAAAUGAUGUUCUUUUUCUAAAAUGGAAUACAAAUUAUACAACCUAAUAUUAUACUAAUUAGCCUUCAAAACGGCUAAUUUUGUUACUAUUAUAUAUAUUUAAAGUAGAUGUUUUUGGUGACCAAAAACUGCAAUUAUUAUGGAUCUUUUGAUGCCUCUUAAAUUGUAAUGUAUGAUUUCCUUUUUAGGCGUGGAUAGACAGAGUCCUAAAAAAAGUGUAGGUUUUGCAAAGCAGUGGAGUUUCAGCUUUCAAUGUGUUCUAUUUAGUCAGUAACAACGGUACCUUUUUCAAAUGAUCCAUACAACACUGCCAAUACGUGAACAGUAGACUGAUUGCCUUCUCACAUUAGUUAGCAAUAGUUUUACAUUAUAUAGGUUGUAUACAAUAUAUAUAUACAUAUACGGUACAUAGGUAGUCAAGCUCAGGUAUAUUAUACGCUAAGCAACCCAAGUGUUAAUGUUAUACAUAUAUACGAAAUUGGAUGGGAUUACUGUCUCAAUGUUUGACUUUUAAUGGCUUACUGUAUAUUCUGCGACAAUCUAAGUGGACUUUUAAUUUUCUUGUUUUCUUUUUCACAACAUUUAGCAAAAGAUAGGUAAUACUACUGUUUGUUUACGAGUAUAUUCUUCUUUCAAUAUUUGAACAAAAGUGUAUUGCCCCUAGCGAGCAUUAGUCUUAAUGCCACAUUAUUUAUUUACAAGAUACAAGAAAAAUAAUAAAAGAUACAGAUAAAAGAAGAUGAUAAAAUUAGUCAUAUUCCAUAGCAUAAUUUUCCAUCUCCGACUAAGUCCAGUCAACUUAAUAUCAAUACUCGUUGAAAACGCUAUUACAAAUUGAGUAUCAAAAUGCCAAAAAGGGUCUUACAAACAUUGAUUCAGUUUUCUCAUUCCGAAAUAUAGUUCCAUAAGCCUCUCAUUGCCAUAAACUUGCUUGAAAAUAUAAAUACUUCCGUAAGAAACAGUAGCUUCCCGUAACGAGUAUAUUAAACUUAAUAAUAUUUGUUAUGAUAUGACCAUUCGAUAGGUAAAAUAGUCACAGUAGAAUUAUUGAAUAGAAUACAUGAUACAUAUGCAUAACAUUUAACUUAAGAUAUAGGCGAUUUCUCUCGAUUUUCAUUCAUGUUGUGUGGAGCCGUAAUCGAUAAAGCCAGCAUUGAAUCGAUAUCGAUUCUCUGAUUCGAUAUCAACGUGGCAGUUUGAGACUCCGGCCCUUUAGAUUACGAUACAAAAUUGUGACACUUAAUCCAUGUGUAGGACGGGUCAAUCGAAGUUUCGCUCUUUAGAAAGUAUACCAGUUUCUUCAUGCUUCACAUAAUAUGUUGAUUUCGUAUCAUUUACAAAUCCUAUUCCGAUGUAAACAAUAACUUCUUACUUGAAAUACGUUUAUAUCAUUAUCGACCUGUAUCAAAAGAAUGUAGGAUUAACGAAUAAUAGACUAAUCGUGAACGCAGCUGAUUAAAAGAUACCUAUACAUAUUUUAUUUUACUUUCAGAGUUAAUUAUAAAUACAGUCUUAAAAUAUUUUUAUUUGUCAAAUGAAAUAGAAGUCUUAAAAUGUACUGGUUAAGGAUUAUUUUCGUUUGUCAUUCGGUGUUUUGGCACUCGUAUACCUAUGUAAUAACUAUGUACGGUUAGUGGUGUACUUUGUCAGUUAUAUUGCUUCCUAUGUAGUGCUAAAUAUCGAUUAGUUUAUGAAUGUAAUGUUACGUUGCGCAUUUGAACCGACUCCAAGCAACCUCUAUUUUGUAUAGUUUUUAGUGAAAAACUGUUUGUAAGGGAAAACUAAGUAAAUAUAUUACUGGCUGAAUAUAUUCUCAAAUUAUAAAUGGAAUGCAUACAUGGUGUUUAUCUUUAGAUUUGGGUAAUGUUGACGUUUUGUUUACGUGUCAGCCAUAUCUAGACGGAGCCGAGUCGCUUCACAUUGUGCAUUGUCACACUCUUUUUGUUUUUAAUUUACACAAGUUCCGUUUGUGCAAUGUAAAUAUUACCGUGUUCUUAUUUAUGAGUGAUAACGAGAAUAUUGUAUAGUACGUGUGAAACGUACGUGUAUGUCUGGAUUUUUAUUUUAUAUGAAUUAGUGCACGAUGGAGAUAAGUUGGUUGUUACAUACUGAUGCUCACCGGCUUCACAGUUAACUAACUCGGGUAUCACCAGUAAGUUGUCACCAAAUAUUAUUGAAGGUAUAAGUGUUAGAGGAUUGUCAUCGAGUUUAAUAUUAAACAAUACAAACAUUAAUUAGCCAUAUUCCUAAAUCAUUAUUAUAGUUAAGGGUCACGAUACAUCUCAAGUCUACAUACAAUAGUUCCUUUGUCAUGUGUCAUUUUGUAAUCAUACUACUAACGAGAAUGUGUAAUAGAUUCGUUUAUUGUAUAAAGUAAUUUACUGAAAAAAUAUUUGCAUCUAUCUCAAAUGUCAUUUUAUAGAAUAAAUUAAAAUUAUUAUAUUACGCUUA